AUGGAUUGUUAUAUUGAAGCGCAGUGUUUGCACGCUUACAGGCGUUUGGUUGAUAAUUAUAAUAAGUUGUUUGAUAGAAAUUCGUGUUUAAAAUUAGAAAUCCAACAUUCUCAACUAAACGUAAGAAGAAAUAAAAAGUUAUUUGAAUUGAGAAAAAGGAGUAUUCAUAAUAUUCUCCAAUGUCGAAAUGAACGUGAAAAAUAUCAUUUAAAGAAAAUAGAACGGUUAAAAUGUAAAUUGUGUACAAAAGACCGUCAUAUAAACACACUGAACCAUGAACAAGACUUGGGCAAGGAGAAAAUAGAAGCAUAUAAGAAAGAAUUAAAGUUGAUUACUGAGAAAUACCAAAAUCUAUUCUGUAAAAAUGAAAGUAUUUGUAAAUGCUGUUCAAAUGAUGAAUGCGAAUCAGAACAACUAUCGGUGGAUUCAAAAUGUGUAUGUGAAGAUAAAUCACUGGUAGAUUCAAAAUGUUCAUGUGAAGAUAAAUCAAAGGAAGGUUCAAAAUGUUCAUGUGAAGAUAAAUCAAAGGGAGGUUCAAUAAAUUCAUGUGAAGAUAAAUCAAUGAUUGAUUCAAAAUGUUCAAGUGAAGAUAAAUCGAAUGUGGAUUCAAAAUGUUUAUGUGAAAAUAAAUCAAAGGGUGGUUCAAAAUGUCAAUGUGAAGAUAAAUCAAAAGGAGGUUCAAAAUGUUCUUGUGAAGAGAAAUCGAAGGGAGGUUCAAUAUGUUCAUGUGAAGAGAAAUCGAAUGUGGAUUCAAAAUGUUCAAGUGAAAACAAACUGCUGAUAGAUUCAAAAAGCUCAUAUAAAAGAAAUUCACUGGUAGAUUCAAACUGUCCGUGUGCAGAUAAAUUACUGUUAGAGAACUCGGUAGAACAUUUCUGUGAAGGUCAAAUCUAUGGAAACGUACAAGAGUUAUUGCUUGCGGUUGAUGAAUAUUGCAAUUCAAAAACGUUAUGUAUUUCAAUUUUAACAUUAUUAAAACAAUCAAAAUCGAAUAUUUGCAAUUUAAUUGAAGAAAAUGACAUCAGUAGAAAUGAACUGACACAAUGUCAAAGUGAUCUUGCAUGUUAUGUGAACAAAUUAAACCAAGAAAUAGAAAGGUCAAAAAAAAAAGAUUAUGAGAUAUGCUCAAUGCACUCAGAUAAUACAAUACUGGCAGAGGGGUUGACAAAAAUUUCAAAAGAAAAAGAAAAUUUGGAGAACCGAUUACAACAAGUAACAGAAGAAUUGUGUUCCAAGACAAAGGAUCAUGUAGAAUUAGUAAACAAAUGCGAUGAGCAGAAAGAUGAAUUAAAAAGCAACGAAUCUUGUUCAAAUAUACAAAUUUGUAAUGAUGAAUGCAUAUCAAUAGAAGUCUGUGAAAAAAAAAAGACACUUAAAAACAAUAUAAGAAUUAUAGAUGGAUUGGAAUAUAGUUUGUGUGAUAUGAAAGACCAGUUAAUAGAAACAGAAAAAUUGAAAAUCAUUUUUCAAGAAAAAUGUAAACAUCUGAGUAUACAAAAUGAGGAACUAAAUAACAAAUUUGAAAUAGAAAAUAACAAUAGCAUUAAAAAUUGUCAUAAAAUCGAAGAUCUCUGUAAACGAAUUAUUCAAUUUGAAGCUGUUACUAAAGGUCUUGAGAUGCAAAACAAAACACAUAUAGUGGAAAUUGAUGAACUAAAAGAAGCAAAAUGUGUCGCAGAAAAAAAAUUUAAUGAAAUAAUUGAAGAUCUCUAUUGCACCAUUCAAGAAUUAAGAAACGAACUAGCUACUGCUAAGUUAGAUACCGAAAAUACUGAAAAAUGCUUUAAAAAUAUAAAUGAGAAAGACAAAAAAUGUUUUGAACAUAAAAUUUGUUUACUGAAAACUGAUAUUGAGAACUUAGAAACUGAACUUAAUUUUUAUAAAUGCGAAUAUGAUUCAUUAAUGACAAAACAUCUGUUAAAUGAAAAAGAACUCUCAAAAUUCAAUGAUAUGGUUCAACGGUUACAAACUCGAGAAUUUGAAUUGAAUAAAGAAAACGAAGAAAAUAAAGAACAUGUGUCAACGCUAUGUAUAAAUGUGGAUGUAAUACAACAACAACUUGAAGAAACAAUACAAAAAAACAAUGAAUUGACAUAUCACAAUGAUAAUUUAAGAGCUGAAAAUGACGUACAGUGUCAAGAUAUCGAUGAAUUGAAUAAAACUCUCAUAUGUCUAAGAAAAAACGAAUCGUGUGUGCGAAAAGAUUUGAUUGUGCAUAAAGAAAAACUAACGAAAGCGGACGAAGAAAUUGCCAAUUUGAAUUCAGAAAUGAGCUACGUUAAAUGCGAUCUUCAUAAAACUUGUGCCAAACUGACUUGUACGGAACAAAAACUACAAAAUACAGAGUGUAAACUGAACGAAGAGAUAUGCCUAAAAGAAGAAAUCACCGAAAAAUAUUGUAAUAUGGUCAAUUGCCUGACUACGAAUUGUGACAUGAAGCAAUCGAUAAAGCCAACUUGUAUAUCUGCCGGAUGUCAAUAUGACAUAGCAGAUGAUAAACAGAUAGGAGACUACUGCUGUUUUCCUGGUGAAAACAACAUGUCGUGUAAUAUUACAAAUUAUGACGUAGGAGGACUAAAUUAUGAAAAUACUUAUUCAAUUAAAAUGACAAAGGAAUCUACUCAUAUUGGUAUACAGACAAAUUUGUGUUGUCCUGAAACUGGUCCACUUAUAGACCAUUGUGGAACGGUAUCAGUAAUUAUUGACGAGCCCUGUCCAAACGAUAACGUCAUGUGCUACCCUGAACCGUGUGACACCAAUAAAUGUGACUUUGGCCAAUGUGAAUCAAAUGACAGGUGCAUGUGUCAAUGUGAGACACCACCACUCGAGACAACAUCUCAAUUAGAUUGUCAUUCAGCCGACUGUUCACGUUCUGAAAAAUCAGAACUCACGACAUCGUGCAAUUGUAUAGCUGUUUUCUUGGAAAAAGAAAAUUUAAAAUGUCAACUUGCCGAGUCGACACAACUAUUAGAACAAUAUGGAAAGGACGCAGAGAAAAAAUUAUGUGAAAUUCAAGAAGAACACUGCAAAAAGGAGUUUGAUAUGAAUGAAUGUUUCAAUAGGAAAACAUCACAAUACAAAAAAGAUAUGGAUGAACUUACCGCACAAUUGGAAGAAUGCAAAGCAACGAUUUUGUGUAUGGAAAAGGAAUUAAAAUGCUGUUUGGAAAGAGAAAAGCGACUAAAAAAAGAUAUGGAAAAACUAAAAGAAACUAUAAAAUGCAAAAAUUCAAAAAUCAGUGAUGAAGAAAAUAAAAUGAAAACGAUGUGUGAAUGUUUGGAGGAAUGCAAAAAACAAUUCGUAACCCUGAAACGCUCAUUGGAGUUGGAAAAAUCCACUAAAGAAGAAUUGGAUAAAGAAUUGGAACAAAUAGUAAUUAAACCACAAAAGAAGAUCAUUAAGAAGUUAAAGACACCCGAGAAAGUUUUGCGGAAAAACAAGGUACCAAAGAAUAUAAAAAAAAAUGCGUAUGAUCCUUCCGGAGAUAAGAGAUUGAGGUCUGGAGCCGACCAUGACACGGGACACAACUUCCGUGGCAGCGAACAAGAAAUGUAUGGUCGUCAUCGUGGGCGUCGUUUCAACGGCUAUACCCGGGACGGCAGGAACUACUUUCCGGCUCAAGUUCGUUCUGACCCGCGAGGACUUGGUUACGGUGAUCCGGCGGCACACACGCUGCCACCUCAGUUCAUCGAAUCGUUGAGGCAACAAGUGCGAAAAAAUGUCGGCUGCGACAACAGAAAUUGUCACGUGAUGGGAUGCUGCAGCAAACUCUAUUUCCGGCAUUAG